UUCACUGACAAUAACAGGCAAAGACACGGUGGUCGUCUUCUUUGUAGCGUUUUUACUGGUGGUUACGGCGCUCUCCCAUUACCCUCAUACGACCACUCGUUUCCGCCAUCGGUCACCCGCCCUCCAUAGAAACAAUGAGACGGCACCCAGAGGUUCUGUGGGCUCAGAGAUCAGACAAGGUUUACUUGACGAUUGCAUUACCUGAUGCUAAAGACGUAUCAGUGAAAUGUGAAGGUGGAGGGUUAUUUAGUUUCUCUGCUGUUGGGGUUCAAGGCGAAUCCUUUGAUUUCAGUUUGGAACUCUUUGGAAACAUUGUUCCUGAGGGUUCUAAAACUAAGGUUGGGUUGAGGAACAUUAUAUGCUCAAUCCAGAAAGAAGAGAAAGUCUGGUGGAAAAGGCUGUUAAAAUCUGAAGGGAAGCCUGCUCCUUACAUUAAGGUGGAUUGGAACAAGUGGUGUGAUGAGUAUGAUGAGAAGUCAGCUUCUGAUGCCUCUGAUGACAAUAAUGCUGGGGAUGAAAAAGAUGAUGGGAGCAGCGAUGAUGAAGGAAUGCUUUAUCUUCCUGAUCUUGAGAAGGCAAGGGGAAAUUGAUGACAAUCAGGGAUCAGUGUUGUUAAUGAAAUGGAAUUGGAGUUCCAGGGAUCACAGAAUUACAUCAAUUAUAGGCAUGCAAGGGGGAAGAAGUUAAAAAUAUGCACAUUGCUGAACUGCUAUAACUGAAGACUGUAUAUAUUAGAUGUGCAAUUUUAGUAAAAUAGAGGCUGACUUGUAGGAUUUAACUCUUCUGAAACUACUUCGAGUUAUCUGAGGUUUGACUUGUAUCCCCCCCCUCCCUGGUCUUGAGGCUGGCGGGAAUUUUCAAAACUUUA